AUGCCUUUACCGAAACCUGGACAACAGGCUGACGAGACUAAGGAGGGUUCAUGGGCCCCAACGCACCAGAAGCAAGACAAAAUCCCAUACAGACAGAUCCGUGCUUCAUACGAUAGCGAAACGAUCACCGUCUACCAAGCUUACAAUGAGGAGAUCGCUUCGCAGGCCGUUCUCCACCAAAAGCUCAACGCGUCGCCUCUUUUCAAGCCCAGUCGCAUGACCUGGAUCAAGCCGAGCUGGUGCUGGAUGAUGUAUCGCGCGGGUUACUCCUACAAGGACCGGAAUCAAGCCAGGAUUCUGGCCCUGAAGAUGAGGCAGUGCGACUUUGUCAGGCUGCUCGAGAGGGCAGUCCUGACCACGGAGUGGGCCGCACUGGCCGCAGAUGCCGGCGGUAGUGGAGGCCAGUUAGAUGGGCCGGCGCCCGCCGCGGAUACCGAGGGAUCAGCGGCAAAGCCCAGGGCGGCGCACGUGAAGGUCCAGUGGGAUCCCGAGCGCUCCCCCAACUUGGGGCGACUGGAUCACCGAAGUAUCCAGAUUGGCGUACCCCCAGGGCCGCUGCAGGCGGAUUGGGUUGAGAGGUGGAUCGUAGGCAUUGAAGAUGUUACAGAGCGAGCGCGCGGUCUGAAGGCCGCCUUGGACGCAAGUCCUGAAUCAUCGUGGCAGGCACUGUUGGAACAAGGGCUGUUGCUCGAUGAACGGGAGUUUACGGUUCCCGAAGAGCUGCGCAGUGUACUAGGUAUGGAUUGA